AUGGCUCGUGAAUAUCCUCCGCAUUCCCCUCCCCCAUUCCCCUCCCCCAUACCCCUCCCCCAUUCCCCUCCCUCAUUCCCCUCCCCCAUUCCCCUCCCCCAUCCCCCCCCCCAUACCCCUCCCCCAUUCCCCUCCCCCAUUCCCCUCCCCCAUCCCCCCCCCAUUCCCCUCCCUCAUCCCGUUCCUCCGCCGCAUCACAUCAUUCUGGUGCGGCACGGGCAGAGCGAGGGCAAUUCGGACGAGGCGGCGUACCAAUCCCCCGCAUUCCUUUCUCCUACCACCCUUCCCCACCACCCUUCCCCACCUGUGUGCACGAGCAGGCCGCAUCGCAUCAUUCUGGUGCGGCAUGGGCAGAGCGAGGGCAACGUGGACGAGGCGGCGUACACGCGCAUCCCCGACUCCAAGAUCGCGCUCACGCGCAAGGGAUGGGAGCAGGCGGUGGAGAGGGGGAGGAAGCUGCGCGAGCUGAUAGAGGCGGAUGGGGAGGAGGAUUUCAAGGUUUACUUCUACGUCUCGCCCUACACGCGCACUCUGCAGACGCUCAGGGGAGUGGGAUUGGCGUUUGAGAGGGAGAGGAUAGCGGGUGUGAGGGAGGAGCCCCGCAUUCGCGAGCAAGACUUUGGCAACUUCCAGGACAGGGAGAAGAUGAGGAGGGAGAAGAAGGUGCGGCUGAGCUAUGGGCGCUUCUUCUACCGCUUCCCCGAUGGCGAGUCUGCUGCUGACGUCUACGACCGCGUCACAGGCUUCCGGGAGACGCUGAGGGCGGACAUAGACGUGGGGCGGUUUCAGAGGGAGGAGGCAGCAGCGCGCAACAUGAACCUCGUGCUGGUGUCGCACGGGCUCACCCUGCGCGUCUUCCUCAUGCGUUGGUACAAGUGGACAGUGGAGCAGUUCGAAGGGCUCUACAACUUCCCCAACGCCGGCUGCAUGAUCAUGCAGCUGGGGCCGGGCGGCAGGUACAGCCUGCGCAUGCAUCACAGUCGGGAGGAGCUGAGGGCGUUUGGGAUGACGGAGAGCAUGAUCGACGACCAGGAGUGGCAAAUCACGGCCAAGCCGGGGGACUUAAACCCAUGCUGGCUGACGUCGGGGGCGGGGUUCUUUGACCACUUUGAUGAGAGCGAGGCAUGCGGCAUUCAGCGCGACUACAUGUGCAAAGGAAUCUCGGAGCUGUGCGACGAGGAAUUUGGUGACGGUGUAUAUCGCAAUCAUUGA